AUGGACGCCCCGGAUGCGCCGCACACGCCCAAGUACAUCGAUGGCGGUGCGACGGCGGCCGCGCCCGGCAAGUCGGCGUUCGUCGAGCUGCAGCAGCACGGGUACGGUGGCAUCCGGAGCGGCUAUCAACAUUUCAGCGGCCAGGGAGGCCAGGAUUCGGGCUUUCCGAGUCCGCGCGGUGCCCUCGGCUACCCGUUUCCACCGAUGCACCAGAACACGUACUCUGGCUACCACUUAGGCAGUUACGCUCCACCCUGCGCUAGUCCACCAAAAGAUGAUAAAUUAGAAGACACCGGUCUGCGGGUAAACGGCAAGGGCAAGAAGAUGCGCAAACCGCGCACCAUCUACAGCUCCCUGCAGCUGCAGCAGCUCAACCGAAGAUUUCAGCGAACACAGUACCUGGCGCUGCCGGAGCGGGCCGAGCUCGCCGCCAGCCUCGGACUGACGCAAACGCAGGUUAAGAUCUGGUUUCAGAACCGACGGUCGAAGUACAAGAAAAUGAUGAAAGCCGCCCAGGCACCGGGCGUCGGCGGAGGACUUCCAUUGGGUGGACCGAACCAGGGCGGGCACAGUCCGUCGCAGCAUCAGAACAUGCAUCAAGGACCCGGUGGAGGAUCGAGCAGUGGAUCGCCGUCGCAUUUCCUACCUCCCGGACACAGUCCAACGCCGUCGAGUACGCCCGUCUCGGAGCUGUCACCUGGUCUUAGUCCGCCCUCGCAAGCACCCUGGGAGCAGAAACCGCCGCCGCAUUGGGCCGACCACAAACCACCGCAGAUGGCACCGCAGCCCAACCACGCACCCCCGCAACCGACCCACGCACCGCAGAUGGGCGGCUACGUACCUCAGUACUGGUAUCAGCCGGAAACGAACCCGUCUCUUUUAACAGUGUGGCCAGCGGUUUAACAAAGCGAGAAUGUAAAUUAUAAUUUUAACUAUUCCUAGUGCUUAAGGCGGUAAGAGAUAAGCUCGCUAUAGCGAUUAGAAACAAAUGUCCGUUGUGUGUUUGUGUGUGUGUUUGUUUGUCGCGUGGACGAGCGGGCGGCACACAACCUUUCCACACACACACACACACACACACAAAGAAAUACAAAGACGAGACGUACAUCUGUGCAUCUCUGUGUCCAGGACCGUAGCGCCCAAGUGAAGGCAGGAAAGCAACAUCCUAUUUUUUAAUCGGCACGUGAUCUGUUCGUUUUAUAACAUUAGAAAAUUAAAGAUGAAAGGGCGGGGAAAAAUAGCUAAAAAACCCAGUUUGCGAUGUGCGUGUUGAUGAGAGUGUGUGUUGUCUCUGUCUGUCUGUAUGUGCGUGUGUAUGUGUGCGUUUGUACGUGAACAAUUGGUUCAUUGUUUUAUCAUUUGGUUUAGUUCCAGCUCGCGCCAGCCGGCAGUUGCGAAAUGGUGCUCUGGGUGGGGUUAAAUUUUUCGCAACCCCUUACCCUAACAACCGGCAACGAAAAGCUGCGAAAAGCCCGCGACAAUUUUCCUUGUGUGUAAGCCCCAGUGUAGAAAAUUCGAUCACGCGCCAACCAAGAAAAGUGCGCACUGGUGUUGUUCGCAUAGCAGCCAGCCCUAUCCCUCGAUCUUACGGAUUCUCGAUACAAAUGGAUCAAGUUCUGUGCAAUAUUUCUUAGGGACGAAAUCAUGUCCGCAUGUUUCCCGCUCGCGGUAGGAAGAGGAACGUUGGGUUCGCGCAAUUCGCUUAGAUAUAAACAAAACACAAAAAAAAACUGUAAAAUCUCUGCGAUCCUCGUCAACAUUCGUUAAUUUUAAAAAUCCUACCAAGUACCAGCUACUUAACGUCUCAAUCAUUCCUUCCGCGUUGACGAACGCGAGAGAUGGAUUCCCGGGAAGGUUCGGGGGAGUAUUGUAAUGCGAAAUUGUCUUUCGUUCGAUCAUUCGUCAAGCCCCCAUGUACAAACGAAUUUAGAAAAGGCACUCGCUUGAAAGUUGAGUUGAGAGCCAAAGUUUUAACUUU